AUGUCUCACGGUACUCUUCGCGUUACAGUUGUUGAAGGUCGCAAUCUUAAAGACGAAGAUACUCUUGGUCAAAAUGAUGCAUUUGUUGAAUUAUAUUUAGACGAUGAUUAUAAACAACGAACAGCAACUAUCAAAGAUACAAAUUCACCAACAUGGAAUGAACAAUUUAGUUUUAAUUUACAAAAAGGUCAAGAUAACUUACAUAUUAAGGUCUAUGAUGCUGAUGAGGUUGGUAAAGAUGCAAUCGGUUCAGCUAAAGUUUGUUUAAAGAAACUUCGAGAAGCUGGUGGACAAUCAGACCAAUGGGUUAAAUUACCUGCUCAUUUUGGCCUUGGUUCACAUGGUGAAAUUCAUCUUAUUUUAUCUCUCAGUUAA